AAAUUUUCGGAAACGAAGCACAUUAAUUUCGUGUCGCGGAACGGAAAACAUUGCUGCUGCGGAGCGACGCCACAAGACAAUCGACUAUUGAAUUGUGGAAACAAAACAUCAUCAUAACCUUGGGCGUGUAUUAAUUACUCGCUUCAAGCAGCUAGCCCCAGCAAUUCUUCUGACAUCUCCUCUACCCCUCCUCCUCCAUCUCCACCUCCCGCCCCAAGUGACCGAGUGGCGGAUAUAGCAGCAGAGCAAACAUCUGGCGAGAUAAGGGCGAUCCGCUCCCCUCCCCGUCCCAACGAACGAAUUUAUUGCAAAAACGGGGAAAAAGUUUUUUUUUGAGCUGCGGAGAAACGUCGAAACACUCUGUUCGCUGGUCGCUGGUCGUUCUGUUCGCGGCGCUACUCUAGUAUUGGACGGCGACGCCCCCUCAUCAUUGUGUAUCUGAAAUAGGCUAUAGAUUGCGACUGAAACGGACGAUGAUUCAUGUCGGUGAGAACACCUGGAACCUGCAGAUCCUCAUCACAGAUCUGCAGGUAGAGAAGACGCUGCGGGUGAAGGGAGAUCAGCACAUUGGCGGAGUGAUGCUCCAGCUUGUUGACCCGGAAAUGCCCAAGGACUGGUCGGACCAUGCCCUGUGGUGGCCCGCCAAGAACGUUUGGCUAACAAGGACACGCUCCACACUGGACCAGGCCGGAGUACAGUCGGACUCGUUCCUACACUUUACACCCAUGCACAAAACACUGAGGGUGCAGCUGCCCGAUCUGCGGUAUCUUGACUACCGCGUCAACUUCUCGGCCAAGACCUUUGGGGCCGUGGUGAACCUGUGCAAGGAUCUGGACAUACGCUACCCGGAAGAGCUGUCCCUCUGCAAGCCCGUGGAGCAGGAGCACUUGAAAAAGAAUUUCUCGAAGCUACCACAGAAGAAGAUCCCUGUGGCGGAGGCCAACGGCGUGUCCUACCUCCAGCCGGCCCCGGACACCAACUCCUUUGUGCCCAUUGCCGCAGCUUACAACGGUAGCAACGGUAGCCUGGACAGGUCGCACAAUGGCAAUCUCCUGUGUGCCCCUGCCUCGCCGUAUGCCACCACACCAAGGAGGGCGGCCACAGCACCGGGAACACCGAUCAGCUCGCCCACAGGGACAUGGAAGCACAGCUCCAAUGGAUACGCCAGCUACGAUUCGAAUUCCAGUUUCGGCGACUUCCAGGAGAACCUGGCCGUCUCUCCCCGAUCCCCCAGUCCGGACGUGCGGGCCCGUCUGGUGCGUCCCAAGACCCUGGUGGAGAAGGCACGCCUUAAUGUGGGCUGGCUGGACUCCUCGCUGUCCAUCAUGGAGCAGGGCGUGAGGGAGUACGACACACUCUGUUUGCGCUUCAAGUACUUCACCUUCUUCGAUCUGAACCCGAAGUACGACCAGGUGCGCAUCAAUCAGCUGUACGAGCAGGCCAAGUGGUCUAUUCUCAACGAGGAGCUGGACUGCACCGAGGAGGAGACCCUCAUGUUUGCCGCCCUCCAGUUCCAAGUGAACCACCAAACGGAACUGCAUCCGCCCGGCAUAGAUUCCGGGAUAGAGACGUCGAGCCAGGAGAAUGGCGGAGAGGAUGACAUCGAUUCAGCUCUGAAUGAGCUGCAAAUUACACUCGAGGGACCCAGCAAUGGCAAAGAUCAGGGCAACAUAACCAGGAUACCCGAGCUGUCCGACUACUUGAGAUUCCUCAAGCCACAGAGGUUCACCCUCAAGGGCUACAAGCGCUACUUCUUUACCUACCGGGAUCUGCACUUGCAUCUUUACAAGUCGCAGGAGGAUUCGCGUCGAGGUGCUCCCACCAUCAGCAUCAACCUGCGCGGCUGCGAAGUGACUCCCGAUGUUCAUUUGGCCCAAGGAAAGUUCGCCAUUCGUCUGGAGGUGCCGCCCGAAGGCAGGAGCGGGCCCAACAGCGAAGUCUGGGUGCGGUGCGAGAACGAGGAGCAGUACGCCAAGUGGAUGGCUGCCUGCCGUCUGGCCGCCAAAGGCCGUUCUCUAGCCGACAGCUCCUAUGACAGCGAGGUGAGCAGCAUUCGAUCCCUGCUGCAGAUGCAGAAGCCUGCCCAAGGAGCUCCCCUGACCAUCAAUCCACGCAGCGUGGAGCCCAUGGACUACCUGUCGCCCAAGAUGCUGCGCAAGCUGUCCAGCAAAGCGGUGCAAAGGAUACUGGAGGCGCAUGCCAAUGUGAAGAAGCUGCCGCUGAUGGAAUCGAAGCUCAGGUACAUACAGGCCUGGCAAUCCCUUCCAGACUUUGGCGUCACGCUGUUCAUCAUCAAGUUCGAUGGCCACAAGAAGGAGGAGCUGCUGGGAGUGGCCCACAAUCGCAUCAUGCGCAUGGACCUCAAUUCGGGCGACCACAUCAAGACCUGGCGCUACAACACAAUGAAGGCCUGGAACGUGAAUUGGGGCAUCAAGUGCAUGAUGAUUCAGUUCCACGACGAGAGCGUGGUAUUCUCUUGCCAGUCCGCCGACUGCAAGGUGGUGCACGAAUUCAUUGGCGGCUACAUCUUCAUGUCGAUGCGCUCCAAGGAGAACAAUCAGACCCUCAACGAGGAGAUGUUCCACAAGCUGACGGGUGGAUGGUCGUAAAGAGAUCAUAGCAAUCAUAGAGCGGUGGAGAUGUAGAUGGAGGAGUACAGCAGCAGUCUUACAAGUGCCAAGCACAAACUUCGUCGCAUGUUUUAUCUAUAUUUAAAGAGUUCGUGUGUGUA